AUGGCAUCACCAAUCAAUCAGUUGUUGACAUUAACAUUGUUGAUAUCCUUCAUGGCAUUGAUGUGCCAUGCCUACAUCCCAUCAUUGACACCCCAUGUGUAUACAGAGGGCCAACAGAUUCCAAUGUUUAUAAACAAGUUAACAUCGGUCGAUUCACCUAUUCCAUAUCUCUUCAACUCAUUGCCAGUGUGCAAACCAAGAAAAGACAGCUCAUGGAGCAAACAACCACGCAACCUUGGACAAGAGCUGCUUGGCGAAGAGAUGCAGAGAACACUGUACAAGUUCAACUUCCUCCAGAAUGUAUCGUGUGCCGUAUUGAAUGCAAUGCCCGAUGCCCAAUGCUAUGAUGACAACCGAAUGGAUCAAUCUCAGCUCAACCAACUUGUUGACCUCAUUCUCAAUAGUUACCGCGUCAACAUGAUCCUAGACAGCCUUCCAGUUCGUCCGCUUAAAAAACGUCAUUACCUUGGUAUUAAUCUUGGCGGUGAAUAUUAUGGCGAUCAGUACCUUUAUAAUCACUUUGAUUUCACUGUGACAUUUCGACCAACUAAUACUAGGAUGGAGAAUGAUACGUAUGAGAUUGUGGCCUUUGAAGUCAUGCCUGCAUCAUUGUCAUAUCAAUCCAAAGAGUACAACCCAAAUACUCCAAACAUUUGUCCGUUUGGCGAUCGCGUCGGACUGCCAAUCUCAAACAGGACACGCAUUGGUGACAACCCAUUCAUACUAUGGACAUACAGUGUCAAGUAUCAACUGAAUGAGAGCAUGUCUUGGAGUGAUAGAUGGACGGCCCCAGAGGACAGGCUAGAGAAGGUAAUCAGUUUGGUGACUAUGCUUACCACCGCAGGUUUGGUAGGCUUGGCCAUCGGCUUGACCAUCUCUACAUGGAGAGAGUGGCGCAAAUUCAAUGCGAUUGAGGAGACUGAGGAUUCCACGCGAUGGAAGUUGAUCAGAGGUGAUGUAUUCAGAGCGCCACCAUUACAAUACCAGAUGAUACUACCAAUCCUCAUCGGAAGUGGCAUUCAAGUGAUGUGUGUCGUACUCCUAUCACUAUUCCUAGGACUAAUUGGAUUCUUCUCCCCAGUCAACUAUGGAUAUAUACCAAUGGCUAUCAUUGCUCUAUUCACUGUUACAUCUAUGUUCGCGGGAUACUUCUCAACAAGGAACUACAUGUUAUUCAAAGGAAAUAAUAUCAAGAAGAAUGCUUUGUUAAGUCUAGGAUCAUCGGCUGCAAUCUCGAAUGGUUCAAUGUUCACAUUAAUUGGCCUUUGGCUGGGCAUCUCUGUGCCUCUGUCAUUCUGUGGCAGUUAUUACGCAUCAAAGAUGCCAGUGUUUGUAGACACCGAGACCAACCAAUUCCCGCGCGAUAUACCCAACAUCACACCAUGGUACUAUAGCCGAUGGUUAAUCACGCCGUUCAUGGGUACGGCACCAGCUUCAUUCAUCUCGAACUUCUACCUUGGCGUUCUAAGAACGAUCUGGUCCUCGCUUCUAAUCAACGACAAUGUCAACUACCCCAUGGCAAUGAUAUCGAUGCUCUGUAUGCUGUUCACAGUCGGCGUGUCGUCGGCCAAUCUCUGCAUCAAAGGUCUCUUCAGAUACGAGAACUACCAUUGGUGGUGGCGUGUAUUCGAGACGAUGAGUUUCUCUGGCGUCUACCUAUACAUCAUCACAUUUGCCUUAAUGUCUAUAUGGGGAGGUCCCAGCAAUGCCAGUGCCUUCUUCAUCUACUCUUGCUACGCGCUCAUCUUCUCCCUGUGUCUAAGUGUGAUGGCUGGAUCCGUUGCCUAUUACUUCAGUCUACACUUUGUUCGAAGGAUCUACAGUAAUAUUCAUAUCAACUAA